AGAGAGAGAGGCACAGCAUAUGGUACUUUGGACCGUACCCCCAAAAUUUCAACACAAGUGCUUUUAGUCUAGUCUUCUUCUUCUCUCUCAUGGAACAGUAACGUCCUCUUAUAAAUACCAUACUCCACAACCAUAAAUCUCACUACUUCUUCUUCUUUCUACUUUCUCUCACCUCCAAAAUCUCAAUCUUCUUCUCUUUCUUUCCUUUUGCAUGGCAGUGAGCUUGUUAUCACAUGAGAUUUCCGAUCUCUGUCUCGCCAAGCCGGCGUUGAGGUCUCUCCCCGUCACCGCCACCGUCGCCGACGCCUUGGCCGCCUUGAAAACCUCAGACGAGGCCUUCAUCAGUGUAUGGGACUGCAACCAUUCGUCGGAAUCCCUGGCCGGCGGCGACAGCCACGAGUGCAGGUGUAUUGGAAAGGUGUCCAUGGUUGAUGUAAUAUGCUACCUCUGUAAAGAAGAGAAUCUCUUGUCCCCUUCAGCUGCCUUGAAAUCACCUCUCUCUAAUAUUCUGUCUAAGAUUCCAGGACUCGUCAUUCAUUUGGAACCAUCUUCCAGCUUGUUGGAUGCCAUUGAUUUGAUCCUCCAAGGAGCUCAAAACUUAGUUGUACCCAUUAAGAGAAGAUUAGGUAGCAACACAAGAAGAAAACACCUGCCGAAAAGCGGCGGCGCGUCUGCAACAACCACCAUUCACGGCGGUGGUCGUGAAUUUUGCUGGAUAACGCAAGAAGACGUAGUUAGGUUCCUCCUCAGCUCAAUCGGGCUCUUUUCCCCAAUCCUAGCAAUCUCAAUCGAAGCGCUCGGAAUCAUCAACCGUGACGUUCUCUCAACCGAUUACCACGCGCCGGCGAUCUCCUCUAUCGAUCUAAUCUCCAGCUCACUUGCUGAUCAGACCUCAGUUGCAGUCGUCGACUCCGAAGGUUUCCUUAUCGGCGAGAUCUCGUCGUUCACGUUAACUUGCUGCGACGAGAGCGUGGCGGCGGCGAUCGCGACGCUUACAUCUGGUGAUCUGAUGGCUUACAUUGACGGUGGAGGUCCACCGGAGGAUCUUGUUAGAGUUGUGAACCAGAGAUUAGAUGAGAGGAAUUUAGAAGGAAUGUUAGAGUAUUUCAACACAAUUUCGAGCGGGAACCAAACAAUCUCGUCGUUUUCGUCUUCAUCAGACGAAGAAUCGUCUUUAUCUCCGAAGACGACAUUGUCGAGGUCUUCGUCGGCGAGGUUAGGCCGAUCAGCGAGCUACUCGGCGAGGAUGGUAAGAAGAGUAGAGGCAAUCGUUUGCCAUAGAGAGAGCUCGCUGGUUGCGGUUAUGAUUCAGGCCAUAGCUCACAGAGUAAAUUACGUUUGGGUUAUCGAAGAUGACUGUAGCUUGAUCGGAAUCGUCACAUUUUCCGAGAUUUUGAAGGUUUUCCGAGAAUAUACAAUGGCAUAGUAGUAAGGGAAGUUUUUUUUUUUUUGUUGGGUGUGUGUGAACGUGUUUGAGAUGAGAAAUGGGGUAGAGAGAGAGUAAGAGAGAGCUGAGAAAAAUAUUAUUAUUUUAAUAAUAAAAAAACAUGGAAAAAGAAAGUGGAAAAGUGCUGUGAAUAGGGCUACUUUUUUUGUUUCUUUUAGAUUACUUUUAUUUUAUUUAAAUUUUGGGGUUGUGAUGUCCUCUUAGCCUUUGAAGAACUUGUAACUCUCUAUGAUUUGUACCUUUUUAUUUUGAGGAUUGAUAUCGGCAUGAAAACCGUACAGGUGCGUUUUAAUUGA